AUGCCAACGUUCCCCUCCUAUUUUGGCUUUGCCGAAGGAGGCGCCGAUCACAUUGCUCAAGUCAAAGGUGAUGUUGUAGCAUUGCUUCAGGCUGGUUGCUGCGCUGGUGCUUUGUUGAUCAACUUUUUUGCUGAUCCUUACGGCCGUAAGCUCGCCAUUAUAGUAUCAUCGGUCAUUUUCAUUGUUGGAGGUAUUCUGCAAGCUGUAGCACAGAACCUCGCAACCAUGAUGGCAGGUCGAUUUGUAGCCGGAUUCGGUGUUGGCGCGUGUUCCAUGUUGGUUCCCAUGUACAUUGCUGAGAUCUCUCCCAGAAAACUUCGCGGUCGUCUCGGUACUUUAUGGCAAUUUUUGAUUGUGCUGGGUAUUAUGAUGUCUUACUGGGUCGAUUACGGUUGUGUACGUCACAUCCCCGAGGGCGAUAAACAAUGGCGUACCGCCCUUGGUAUCCAAAUCGUCCCCGGUGGCAUCUUGCUCAUUGGCAUGUUCUUUUUGCCCGAGUCUCUGCGUUGGUUGGCAUUAAAGAACCGAUAUGAAAAAGUUUUGAAAGAACUGUGCUUCCUUCGCGAUGGCAAGGAAGAUGACCCAGAAAUCCAGGAAGAAUUGCAAGAAAUCCGUCAAGCUGUUGAGUUGGAACUCGAAGGUCGAAAAAGCCGCUGGUCUGAGCUACUUGUUCCAAACAACUUGCGUCGGUUGUUCAUUGGUGUAUGGUUACAGAUCUUCCAGCAGUGGACUGGCACAAACGCUGUUAACUACUAUGCACCAGACAUUUUCCGAACGGUUGGUCUUUCGGAAAACAACACGGAUAUCCUAGCAACUGGUGUCUACGGUAUUGUCAAGGCUGUCUUUGUUAUCGUCGCCUUCUUUAUGAUUGACGCACGCUUCGGUCGUCGACAAACAUUGAUGAUUGGUUCCGUCUUUAUGAUGGUUGCGUUCUUUAUUUUGGCUGGUAUGGUACUGGGCAUUCAACGUGACAAUGGCGGUGUCUCGGGUGAUAUUUCAUAUGUCGAUGCCAAGGGUUACGUUGCCAUUGUGAUGAUUUAUAUCUUUGCUGUUGGAUACGAGUUCUCUUGGGGCCCUGUUGUCUGGGUCGUCUGCUCCGAAAUCUUCCCUACUCGUAUUCGUGCCAUGUGUUUGUCCAUUACUACUGCAUUCAACUGGGCUAUGAACGCCACCAUUGCCAAAGUAACACCUAUUAUGAUGCAAAACAUCACGUACGGCACUUACUUUUUCUUUGGCGUCUGCGCUAUCGUCAUGGGCACUUUCACAUACGUUCUCGUUCCGGAGACAAGAGGGCGAUCUUUGGAGGAAAUGGAAGAGGUGUUUUCUGGAAGCGUUUUUGCAUUCAAAGAUACAUACGUCUGGCGUCCAGAAAAGAAAAACGAUAAGGUUGCAAAUGCUGAAGAGGGUAUCGAUAAUAGCAAUGACAAUAAGCCGUAA